GGCUGUAGUUACGCUCUCAUCCCGCUGGGGGUAGUUUUACGCACAGUUGCGUCAAUUUCUGUCAACAAUAUCAAAGACGAAGAAGAAGUGGAGGCGGAGGAGGAAGAAGAAGAAGAAGAAGAAGAGCCCACAGCUUCCUCAGCAUCAUCCAAGCAUUAAUCGUUAAACAUUAAACCCUGACUCGUCCAGCAGCGUUAGGUCGCCAGGACUCCCCCCAGGCAGCAGAGCCUCCAGCCGGGACAGGCCUCCACCGAUGAGUCGCAAAUCGAGUCUCUCCCCCGAACUCCGCUGCGCCUUCAUGGAGUCUCCCGGGUCGGUGGGUCGAGCCGAGGGCGAUUUUCUGGAGUUGGAGCCCGACGAGGAGCUCCUGUGCUCGGUGAGCGACAUCACGGAGCACCUGGGCAGGAACAUCACGGUGGUGCUGGAGACGGCGCUGUCCGAGAUCCGCAAGAUGGUCAGCCUCCGGAUACGGGUCCUGAAAAUGGAGCUGCGCCAGAAGACGGAGGAGAUCCACGAGCUGAAGGCGAGACUGGAGACGGUGCACGGGGACGCCAGGGACGCGUACCCCGGUUCCGCAGCCACCGCGGAGUCGUCUGCGGAACCGGGCUUCAAGAAGCACAACAACAACAACAACAACAACAACCCGGACCCGAGGAGAGCCAAGGCGGCCAUGCCCGGCGUGAAGAAGGAGAACAUUAACGCGAUCUGUGACUACCUGAUGAAGGACAAGAACUCGAGAGGCUGCGCCGACGUGGACGGGGACCAGAGCAGCGACCAAGCCAGCAGCGGUGACAGGGACGCUCGGUCGGAACCGGAGCCGCACUCCCUGCACCUGUGGCCGGAUAACGGGAUGGUCGGAUCCGGGCCUGCGGAUGACAUCUUCGGCAUGCUCCCCUCCGGCAGCAAACGCAUGUACGACUACGAGUGGAUAGCACCGAUGGAGUAUUCUGCAGACGCGAAAGUCGCAAAGGAGCCGGAGUGUGAGAACCACCAAAGUGGCGACACGGAGGACGACGACAAUGAAGACGAGUCGUCCCGAAGGGAAGCAGAGGAACUGGAGGACGCCCAAGCUCCGCUCUCGAUCGGCCAGCCCUCCGAGUUCUCCAUGGAGGCUCCGAGCUCUCCAGAGGAGGGAGGGAGUUCCCUUGAGGGCAACGCAGACAGACCCGAGGCAGGCCAGCAGUUUACCAGCCACCCCUACAUCUGCUCCCUGUGUGGGACCUUUUGCCCCGACUCUGUGUUCCUGGAGGAGCACGUCAAACUCAUACACCUGGACUCCGGUCCUGGUGGUCAAGGUCUCCAGGCCCUCCAGUCCACCUCCUCCUCCUCCGCGGUCCCCGCGAUGGGAGACGGCGGCAGUGACUCCAGGCGGGUGGCGGGUGGGAAAAACGAGUGCGGCGCGGGACUGGCUUCCGGCGGCGCCGGUCAAGGGGAAGGGCUCAUGAAGAAGGAGAUUAAAAUCGAAGGAGGGUAUCAGUGCGGGGAGUGCGGCCGUCACUUCAACUACCUUGGCAACCUGCGGCAACACCAGCGCAUCCACACCGGAGAGAAGCCCUUCAUGUGUCCGGAGUGCGGGGAGAGGUUCCGCCACGCCGCCCGCUUAAAGAGCCACCGGUUGGUCCACAGCGGCGCCCAGAGCCCCUUCCCUUGUCCCCAGUGUGGGAAAGGCUUCUCCGUCCUUUCCGGACUCAAGAGACACCAACGGGUGCACACCGGCGAGAGCCCCUACGCCUGCCCUCAGUGUGGCCGCCGCUUCAAGGAGCUGGGGAACCUGUACACCCACCAGAGGAUCCACAGCGGGGCCACGCCGUACUGCUGCCAACAGUGUGGGCGGAGCUUCCGCCACCUGGGCACCUACAAGAGCCACCGGUGCACCCCGGCCCAGUAACAAGCCCCUCGAUGCUACGACAAGUCUAAAGUGUGCAUGGACUGUCUGGUCACGCUGUGGGGAGUCACGUGAAGAACAUUCUUAACAGAUGACUCUACAUCUUUGAGAUUCAAAGUUUGUUCUUGACCCUCUCCAGGAGCUCGAUUAUCUGGUGUUUGUGCAGGUGUCAUGGAAACCGUAGUUGUUUUGUGGACUUUAGGAAGCUUUAGAAACUACAUAAAGAACUAAACGUCCAUGACAUCUGAGCAGAGUUCAUCUGUGUUUCGGAGACCGAAAGCUCUCGGACAAGUCAGCACCACGUGAACGGAGCUUGGAAGCCUCCGCAAGUCGGUCUGGAGUCUCUCCGUUGGGAACUGAUUACGCUCCCCAAUCGACAAUCGAAUGGUUUGGGCGGAGCUUAAGGCUGUGAUGGACUAAAGCAUAAGAGUAGUCCUUACACAUUCAUCAACAAAAUGGCUGUGAUUGGUUGGAGGACUUUCCAAUCGCAUGCAGAGGUAUGUCUGUCUCUGUGUUGGUUGAAUCCACACAGAGACAGACACAAACACAAUAGACACAGGCUAUGCUAAGCUAACAUACAGCAUGAAAGAGCUGUAGUUAUCGAGGAGCAGACAUCCAAUUGUGUUAUUACAACUCACCACUGCUGUAACUGGAGUGGAUCUGAUAAACUGUUACACCAUAGUAUAUUUCAAGUUUGGAAAUUGAGCUUCACUUGAAACCGGCACAGUGUGGUUAAUUUCUGAAGGCAAAAAAAAUCAUGAUUUGGUUUGAUUAACCGACGCAGACUGUGAUUUUCUUUGUUUUGUUUCAUUUUGUUGUUCUGUAAAAAAGAAAAAAAAAUGCAAAAUGAAAGCUGGUGGUGUGUGAAUAGUAGCUGUUAUUGCUCAUCGGCUCUGGAAAUAAAAGUGUUCUCCUUUU